UCAGACUUCAGUCCGCUCCUCGCCUUCUUCGUAUACGCGUCUCCCGCUCGUUUCAAUUUUUGACAUUUUUUCGGAAUCAAAUUGAAAAAAAAUUCCCUACAAAAAAAGCGUGUGUGUCGUGUUUUGUCCACCCAACUGGAAUUCAACUUUUGACGGCAGGUCCCAUUGGCAAGAACGCUCGGACACGUAUAUCUUUCGACCUAGAAGCAUCCCAUUAUUGUUGAGACGAGCGGUGAUGGGGCGAGAAGCAGCGCAAGGAUAAGGGAUUGAAGAAAAGGACAGAUGAGAAGCAGCAAGUCGGAUAAAAGAUCCGGCUCUACCAACAACCCUCAAAUCCCAAUGCCGUAAUGAGCGGUCACGUGAGCAGAAAAGCUCAAUGUCUGAGCUUGUUGCAGGACUGCCUGGCUCUCCAGCUCCAGCGGGUCGCCCCUCCGAACACCGGCCCACCUAACACGAACACACAGUACUGGAUGUACGACAGCGGCUACCUCCUUUUCCAGGGAUUCCUCGAGGCUAACCUCAAGUGUUUCUGGGAUGGCAGCCUGGUCGCGGCGGUCCGCGGCCUCGAGUUCAGGGGCUACGUCUGUCCUGGGAUCCUCCUUCUGACCGGCAACCCGCCCUCGCUACACCUCAUCAGGUCCGCUUGGUCGAGGAACGUCCUCAAACCUCCGCCCAAUUACAUCAUCACGUCCUUAGGCGACGUCGAGGACUGCACGGUGUCGAAAGUCAGACAGGCCGGCUUCACGCCCUUGGCAGAUGCAGUCUGCUGGGUCAUCUUGCAGCUCGGAGCCUCCGGGCAGAACGCCGUACUCGACACGAUCAAAUCCGCCAUUUCUUCCAGUUUCCCCGGCAUGGAACAACCUUCGAGUCACCUGCUCUACGACACACUGGCGGAUUUAAUGGCCAACAAUAAGGUUUACCAGACGUCCCAAGGGUACUUCGUAGCCACCCCGGACAGCGUGAGACUCGGCGAAGCAGGGAAGGGAAAGUCAAUGCUGCUGUCGCAGUCAGAAGUGGUCACCAAGAUCCACGGAGAGAUCGUGACGAUCCGAGAAGGCUGCAAGACCCACCAGUCGAUACAGACGAACCUCGCCGACGUCAUAUGCGGCGGAAAUAAAAACGACAAAGUGUUGUACCCGAGAUCGCCUACGAAAUGUUCAGGGACGAGAAAACUGGAAAGAAGGCAUUCCAUGAGACUUCUUGGCAGUUCGAGAAAGCUCUCGACACUACACCGAGCCGGCUCCGUCAGACUGCUGCAGAAUAAUAACACUGACACAUCAACAAAAAAGUGUUCCCUACUUUGGAAGAUCUUCAGGUGGCCGAGACGGCUUCCUCCUCCAGCGGCGACGUCGACCAGCCCCUCAAUCUCGGACGGUUUCCCCCCGCCUGAAUGGUUCAACUCAUCUGUUGCACAUCUCCAAUCUGUCGGAACUCAAACUCAAUCAAUGGCCAAGAGUGAUACAGAUUGGGCGUCGGAGUACGGGACGAUCCGAUCGAGACGGAGGUCGCUGAGUACAUCGCGGCUGCCGAGGAGGCGCAGCCGGGCUCCGUCCAUGUCACCGUCGAGGCCGUCAUCACCUUCGACUCCGUCCUCUUCCAAAACGGUUCUAUGCAGCAAUACCACGCCGAAGGCGAUGUCGUCCGCCUCGUCCGGCUACAACUCCCUUCCCCGUUCCCUGAAGUCAAAAGCCAAAUCCCAGACCGGGAGCCAGAGCUCGCCGAAAACCUCGCCCCGCCAUAUGCCCAAGAACUCGAUCAAAGUCGAGCUCUCCUCGAAUCCGGCCGGUGGCGUCAUUUCCGAUACGAAAGUCGACACCCACAUGACAGCAUCCAUCAACGACCCUUCUGCCAUGCUCACGACCACCAUCAACGGGCCCAAUUCCACCAAGAUUUACGUCCAACAGCACAACUCACCGAUGAGAUCCGUCAUAACUUUUGAAAAGUCCAGAAAAUCUUCGACGGCGGAAAAGGUGCAAAAAGAAGAAAAAGAAAGAUCGAAAAGCGAUUACAAAAGAUCGAGACGUCCCACCUCACUGUACCAGAACAGAGAAAGCCCGAAGGACUCGGUCAACAAGACCAAAGUCCUCGGCCACGCGGAAAACAAUUUGAAAAUGAAAUUCCCUUCCACCGAAACCAUCCAGUUAGAAGAAAAGUGUCUAGUGUCGGAGAACAAAAACAACAUCAACAUGUGCCAGAAGAAAAACGUCUUCGACCCUUCGGCAUUGUCCCUAAAAGCCGGCAGCUUAAUCGAUGUCGCCGACAGCUUCGACGACAACGGCCCUCUGAACAACAUCAAACACGCUUCCUACUCCAUGAGUCCUCUCCAGCCCUCUUUGAGCAAUGACAAAAUCCUCGACAAAGUGUUGAGCUACAAGAACAUAUUCAAGGCGACUCAGAACGACUUAUCGUAUAAAAAAGACGAUAAAAACUACUGUCUCAACUCGUCCAACAAAAUGCACCCGACCCACGAAAAGUCAGACGGCUUGAACAAACAGAGUGAAAACGAUCUUUGCCCUUUUCCCUCGUUGAGUGAUCUGUCCUUACAUUUUACGUCAAUCGCCGCCCAAAAGAUUUUAAAAGGAGUUAGCAUCAAUUCAAUCGACACUUUGGUCGAAGUGAAUAUGGCUGCUGAGAAGCACAGCAACGACGUCGGCAUUCGCACAGAUUUAGGAGUCGUUUAAAAUUGCUGUACACUAAAAUUUACUAAAUCACUAUUUUAUUUUUUUUUUUAAUUUCAUUUCAAACAAGAGCUUUUUAUAUUUAAUUAUAUAAAGACCGACCUUUCGUUGUGUAUAGUGAUUUCCUAGCAUUUAUGCUUUACAGUAAAUACUAGGAAAAUAAACUAAUCCCAGUGAGAAAAUAUGAGAUGUGAAACUAAUCAACAUACACAUAGCUUAUUUUUUUCUUUUUUAGUUUGUAGACAAUAGUAUUUAUGUUAAACGUAAUCAAAAUCUAAUCAAGAAAAGGUUUGUCUUUCGCAGUUUCAUCAUAGUUUUAAAUAUAUUAAAUAGGUCCUUAUAUAUUAUUUUAUAAUAAAAUGUAAAUAUAGUGGCCAAUAAGGUCUUGAUUCAAAAAUAUGUGUUAUCCAUCUUUUUGAAUACCAAUGAAUGUUGUGCCAAAUUCAGUUUCUUAUUUCUUUUAAGGUAUCGUUAACCAUUAUAACACAUUUAUUGUUCGGUCAGCAAUUUUGUUGGCACAUUUAUGCUGGAUUUAAAAGUUUCUCCUUUAUACUUAGAGUAGUAUGAAGUUUCUUUUUCACAAAUAGAUAAAAUGUGACUUACGACAUGAUUUUAUUAUUGUUCUUCUCAGCAAUAAAAUUUUAAAAACAAA